UAUUGUUUUGUCAUUCUGUUAACAGUGAAUCGGCCUUGUUAACGUUGUUUUUGGUGCUUGUGUGUUUGGAGGCUAACUGUUGGUGGUGGUAAUGCACCAAAGAAGUUGUGUCGACCACUAAGUUAAAGAUAGACGAAGAAGAAACACGGAACUGUCAAACAGCAAAAUGUGUGAAUUCAUCAUGCCUGCAGCUCUAAAAACUAAUCCUCUGCUCUCAGGUUUAAAUUAAUUAAUCUGGGACUAUUGUAUCCUGCUUGUGCCAAUUAACACGAUGGCGUCUGACAGACACGAGUGUUUGUGUUGCUCCCAUCCAGUCUCCUCUCCCAGUGUUUACCAGACGCUGAAUGAAAUGGACUUUGAACGAGGUAUCUGGUCUGCUGCAAUGGAUGCGGACUUGGAGCGGGUCAAGUACUUGAUCCAGAAGGGCACAGACCCUAACCUGAGAGACUCAGCGGGAUACACAGCUCUGCACUAUGCAAGCCGCAGUGGCCAUUAUGCUGUAUGCAAGUUUCUUCUUGAGAAUGGUGCGUGUCCGUCUCCCCAGACACCAGGCGGUGCCACACCACUCCAUCGAUCAGCUUACUGCGGUCAUCUGGAUGUGGUUAGACUGCUGCUGCACCACAGAGCAGAUCCAGUGCUCUGUGAUGACGAUGGCGCAUGCCCUUUACAUAAGGCUGCAGAACAGGGUCAUAUAGAAGUGUGUCAGCUGCUUCUUGAGCACUGCCCAGCACUCUGCAGCCAGGUGAACAAGAGGCUCCAGCUACCCUACCAGCUGGCACCGCAGGAAGAUCUGCGGCAGCUCUUAAAACCACCUCAGUGACGACAGACACACUGCAUCUGGGGCAAACUGAUUUGCUCAAAUCAGGCAAAUGGCACGAGCUCAAGACAUUCUAGGUGAGAACACCUUAAGUUAGGAUUACACUCGUCUUGACCUGGAUUCACUACAUUUAGCUGUUUUUUUUCUCCACUGAUGAGCAAAGAGACACUUAAUGAAAAUGACAUUACAUUUCCCCCUGCUUCACACCAUAAACAUCAUUCUGUUUUCAUUUCUAAGUUACUGUUCCGAAACUAUAUACACCUACAAAACCUUGAUGGUGUGUAGCUGCACUGAACUUUAAUGUGCAUUUUUUGAUGAUUUCUCUGUGGAAUUAACCUUACACACAGAAGGUCAAUGUUUUGAGCAGACUUACAAGUUAACUACAGACAGUUACAGCAGUCCAGCUUAAAAGACACAAUGUGGUGUUGUAAUAAGAGUACUGAAGUUUCUCUUUGAAGGGAGUGAUGAGUUGGAGUCACUUGGUUGUUAGUCACAUGUUACAUUUGUGUACUCCAAACACCAGCAUUCACUUCCACUGCAGUGUUAAUGAUUGUUUACUCUUUGACAAGGCAGUUUGUAUUAAAACUGGAGGCCAA